CGUCAUGUCACUCUAUCUAUCACCACUGUUCUGAACAGCGUUCAGAAGAAUAUCGACCAAACAAAGUGACUAAACUGGCAAUAUUUAAGAACAGAGGAUUAGUCACUAGGCCAUUAGUCACUAGGCCACUUUCUUUGACAUUUCAGUUGCUUAGGCGAGACUACUGUGCUGUAGGCCUAGCUUAAGUCCUACUCUACUGAAUAGGCCUACCUACUACUACUAGGCCUGGGCCUCUACUCCAGGCCUAGCCCUAGGCCUAGUCGAAAAUGUGUUUACUGUACUCAAUCAACAACAGUGACAGGUCACUCGGAGUUUUCGUUUCACCAAAACGUGAAUGUCAUCAUUCAGUUUCGUGGUUAUAUAAAAACGAGCCGUAUGCGUGGUGGGUGUCAAGAGACGGUAUCAAUAUGUACAUGUGGGGAGGAGGGAAAACGUACAACAGGACAUGCGCAUGCGGAAUAACGGGAAUUUGUGCAAGUUCAGUAGACCUAGGAUGUAAUUGUGACAACAACGAUAACCAACUUAGAAGUGAUGGCGGGUUCUUGGUUGAUAGAAACCGUCUGCCUGUCACCAAGAUAUAUAUAGGCGAUGCCGAUGUAUCAUACGAAUACAGUUUCUAUUCACUUGGUCCCCUGAAAUGUCGAGGGAUUGCACCCCCAGCGCUUCGUUCGUGUGCUGAAGUGAAAGCGGCUGGUUUCACACAGACUGACUCUUAUCUUCUUGAUCCAGACGGUGAUGGAGGUGAAAGUGCAUUCUGGGCUUAUUGUGACCUGGAUGUCUAUGAGGAUGAGGGUAAGGCCUGCCUACUAAAAUAAAGGAAAAUUUCGUUCACAGGCCAAACAUGUGAAAAAUUCUUAAAUGCUGCAAGAUCUCAUUGAACAUCUUAAUUACUUUGGUUUCUUCAUUGGCUCAUAUGACAAAUUUGCAAUGCUAUCUUCUGGCAAAUUAUAUAACUGAAAUUCUCUAACAUCAUAACAUCUUAAAACAUAACAUCUUAAAGUCAAGUUCUGGAGGGGAAAAAACAAUU